UUUUUGUUUGUGUGAUCUUUACCAUGUAGAUGACCAUUUGGGGGUGGAUUUUAUAUAGGUACAUGGAAUACAAUGGCAGAUCGAGCUAGCUAGCCACUGUGGAUCGAUCGAUUCAAGAGAAUAAUCACUAUGUCUGCAUCUUGACAGAUCUCUGAUCUUUGUGCAAACAUGUCUCCCCACUGGCUGUGGAGGGCUGCGUUCAUCCUCUCUGCUCUCUCACUAACUGUCUCAAUUAUCAAGGUCCUCCCAGGUCUAAUUGAAAAGGGACUCUCCGACAAGACGUGUAAUCUCCACACACAGCACAAAACAGUUCAUUUUGGACAAAAGAAGUCAGUUUCCAUGCAUCCUCAGUUUCACAAUGAGUUGAGUGAGCAGCAAUCGUUGAUGAGGACAAGACUUACCGAUAUCGAAUCUACUGUCCUCUUUCAUCGUGCAAUUUCAGGAGGCAUAGUUAUUACUAAAGACAUCUCAUUUGGACGUUAUUAUGCACAAAGAGAUCUACAAGGCUGGACUCUUGCCUACAACAAUUUCAGCUUUGAAGUAAUCGAGCAAUCUUUUCGAACUUCUGUCAAGCUUUCGGAUUUCUCUGUCUUUGUUUGCCUUGGAAUUCAAUCACAAGAUAAGCACUGCAUUAAACCAAGCUCAUUCCGUCUUUUAUCACAAGCUCAGAAAUAUAACCAAAUCCAUGGAUUGAGGGAUAUUCUGUGGAAGAAAGACGCGUUUUGUUACACUCUUAGAGAAGCUCUCAGUUCUUAUCGGGGAAGAAAGAAUUUCACUUUUCCUUGCUGGGUUUUGCCUAUGGAUCAAGAUAAACUGCAGACAGUGAUGGAGCAGAAACAAAGUAACUGGAUUGUGAAACCAAGUGGGCAGGGGGAGGGCCAUGGAAUAUUUGUGGUUAAUUCAUUUGAUGAAAUUGCCAAACACAAGAGCUUCAACAAUUUUGUUGUUCAACCGCUACUAAAGGAUCCUUUUCUAGUGAAUGGGAAGAAGUUUGAUUUUAGAACGUACGUUCUCGUCACAUCCAUAACUCCAUUGAGAGCGUACAUUUACAAAGAGGGGCUGGUUCGGCUCGCGUCAAGUAAAUAUGACAGAAAUGCAACAAAAGGUGGGAAGGAACAGCAAUUUCUCACCAAUACUUCAAUCGGAAAGAAGUACACACAUUUGGCAAACUUAACUUGGACUUUUGAGAAGCUGAAAAAUUACUUUGAUCAUAUAGGAGUCGACAGCGAUAGGGUGUUUGAAAAUCUAAAUGAAGCCAUAGUGAGAACGUUACUGACUUCAGAGUACAGAUUCAGCAAGCACUUUGCGGCUAAUCUCGGAGGGUAUGAUUGUCACAACUGCUUCCAGUUGCUCGGAGUGGACGUGAUCAUCGACUCUAACCUUCAACCAAUUGUGAUUGAGGUAAAUGGCCUUCCUUCGAUGCAGCUGUCACAUGAGUUAGGAGCACCUCCAGAUCCUAAUAAUCCAUACACUGCUACCAAGUAUGGACUGAUGCACGAUAUGCUACAAAUUCUCUUCCAGCCAAAUUCUGCAGUUGAUGAAUUAAUCGCAGAUUUGCAGUUUUUAAAAGUCGGAUUAAGUCCUGGCCCUCUCUGCAAUCUUUACCAUCACACUGCUUGUAUUGACUACAAAGAGGUGCAAAAGCUGAUUGACUCAAAGCGAGAGUUUGUCAAUAAGGGUGGUUUUGAACGGAUUUAUCCCUCCACUGAUGGGCAGAAAUACUCCAAGUUGAUUCACCACAUGCAUGAUCUGAUAUUGAGAAAAUUCGGGACUCUACAGCUUCCUAGAACACUUUGGAAAGUACAUCACUUAUAUACAGCUAUAGAGAGAUUGAAUUAUGCUCACUUUUUAUGACUUUGGUAAUUUUCAUGACACUG